AUGAGUGCUCUCCACGCUGCUGCCCGUACCGGUAACAUUGAUAUCGUGAAGUAUCUUAUUCAGCACGGCUCUAAUGUAAACAAGACACACAAAAAUGGGUUGACACCACUGAUUGCUUCAAUCAUUGAAGGUCAUUUGGAAGUUGUUGAAUUUCUCAUGGCAAAAGGAGCUAAAUGUGUCAGUACUGAAAGCAUUUCACCACUUUACAUCGCUGCUCAAUACAACCAUGUAGAAGUAGUAAAAUUCCUCGUGUCCAAGGGGUAUAAUGUGAACGAAAGGACGGAAAGUGGCAAAUCCCCGCUUCAUGCAGCAUGUUAUAAUGGUAACAUUGAUAUGGUAGACUUCUUACUUCUCAACAUUGCUGAUGUGAAUAUACAAGAUCAAGAUGGGUGGACCCCUCUUCAAGCCGCUGCACAAAAAGGCCAUCUACAAGUAGUCAAGUAUCUUUCAGUGCGUGGUGCAAACAUGAAGGAUAUGGAUGGUAUAACUUCGAAUAAGGCGUCGCCAAACAAAGAUCACUCUACUCGUCGAAUAAAGGGAAGAUGCUGUACUGGUGUGUUUGCUCAAAUUGCGACACGAGAUCAACAAUACAAAAUCCAUCAGAAUGCAAUCACUGCAGAAGAUGCGACAGCAUCCUCAACGGACCCACAGGUGCAGUCAUGUACAACACAUACAGAACAAUCCGAGCUCCAGGUGCACAAUAUUCAUGACGAGAAUGAAUUCAUUCAUGCUGAAAUUGAAGAAGAAAGUUGGGAUUGA